ACGCGCUUCACCAAUCUCACUAUCUAUUGCUAUCAUGUUCAUUCUGACCACUUCGGCGACACGAAGAUCACUCUUUUGACUUGAGGCAUCGUCAAGGCUUUCUUUCCGACUACAGAAUCCAUCUACCGUCUUAUCUCUCUGACAGAGGAUCGAGAGCUGCUCGUUUCCCCGCCGCAGCUCGGUCGGUUCGACGUUAGCUUGCUCACCAUGGCGGCGACAUCCUAUUCUGCAGACCCUACUCUAUACCUAUAUACCUCUCUUACUGCAGGAUCUUCUCAUAUCAUCACAGCGACCUCUCGACUUGAAACCAUCCUUAAAGCGAACAAGAUACCCUUCCGAGCACUCGACUGUGCCACAGAUGAAAAGGCUCGUAUGCUAUGGGGAAGAAGAUCGAAAGGCAGGAAACUACCCGGACUUGUGAAAUAUGGCACCAUUAUCGGUGACCUCGAACAGGUCGAAGAAUGGAACGAGUACGGUGAACUCAAAGAUCAGAUUGCUGGAUUCUCGGAACUCGGCGCCCCAGCUGCGACUUUGACAACAAACACGUUAGCACCCAAACCCCCAUCUACGAGCACAGCCUCGUCCGGCCCUACCUCUCGAGCCUCGUCCGAAACUCGGCACAUCUCGAUCACUGAGCCAAAAGAUAGAGAAUCCACAACCUCGGACAACGCCCCAACAUCUUCAUCGAAGCCUGCCGAGUCUCCAAUGAAUGUCGCCAUGCGACAACUGGGUGCUGAAGCUGCAGCCAAAGCAGGCCAAAGGAAAGCCGCCACGGCACAAGCUGCAAAAGCACCCACAAAGGCACCAGAUACUACGGAGCAGACACCCGUACCUGCAGCAACGAGAAUAAGUGCAGAUGCCGCCGCUGAAUCUCCGGACAUGGCAACGGAGGUCACGGCAGCAAAGACCCCUGCUCAAUUGGCAUCGGAAGGUGCCAAGAGAACAUCUGUGGACAAGAUUGCCGAAUCCGAGGGCACGGCGAGUGCAAGCAGCAGCGACAGUGAAGGGCCGUCGACGGAGGCACAGCUUGUCGAACAAAGACGACAAAGCAGCGUCACGAAGCAGAAAUCACGAUUGAGUGUCUCCACUCCCGCGGAUCAGAGUGAGACCGUACUUGAAGACUCGGCAUCACCACCACAAGCCACCGGGAUGGCAGUGCCAGACUCUGAAGAAGUCAACACCGACCCUCCUGCGGAUAUGCCGAAGCAACAUAGAGGCAGCGAUAUAGGAGGAGCGGAUCCCGAAGAGAUCAAAGAGCUGGAAAAGAACAUGAGUAUACCCGAGGCGCCGGAGGAAGGUGAUGUGCCAAAUACAAACGCCGCAAAAGACAAGCCUGUGACAGGUACGGAUGAGACAGAGGAGCAGGUCACCAAAGGCACAGACCCGCAGCAGACGGGGGCGAAGGAGGCGGAUAAGGCUGGCGUUAGUGUUGGUGAUUGAGUGAGCUGAGCUGAGCUGAGAUGCCGUGUUACUGGGAGUAUCGGCUUCAUCGGUUCUUCCCCAUGUUGUAUGUCUACUAGGCGAUGCUGGCCAAGGCGGCAUCACUGGAAAGGGAUCAAACCAGAGAACCUCUCCUGAAUUGUGUCUAUGUCCAACGUAUUCAUAUUGCGGCGUCUUGUUCACUAAUUCGAGAUGCCUUAUGACACGUCUCCUAACAGUGUAGAGUACUAGCGUUGUUCAC